AGAUAGAGGUUACCCAUGAGCCUCUUGGGCCAGUUGUCCUAUACUCUGGUUUGUCUGUGGAUCUCAUAAUAGGAUUAUCUGUUCUAAGUACACGAGAGAGACUGAAGGAGAAAAUAAACCAAACACAGAUGGGAACUUUUUCAAAUAUCUGUGUUUCCAGCAACAUUGGAAAUCCUCUGUUCACUGUGUGGAGGCUCUGAUGUAAUCUGAGGGAGACAUUUGGAUUAUUGUUGUGAAGAUGGCAGCUAAUGAAGUGAUGCCUGCUGAGCUGUUGCAGCCUGAUGCAGAGACGAGCAGCUACAGUCUGCCCCCCAUGCCGGGCAGUGAGGACAGUGAAGAAGAAACCAGUCAAGAGGAGCUGCCAAUCACGAGCUGGAACGAGCUGUCCAUCAUAGAGCGCGUAGGCCUCAACAGUGUAGAGAUGUCAGAGAAAGAUCUGGAGUCGGCCUUCUCUCAGAUCAGUCUGGCUUUCCGCUGUGAUCAGUACACCCUGAAGCAGCGGCUGCAGGCGGAGGAGCACGCCCGCAACAUGGCCGAGGAGAACAUUCAGCUGGAGCUGACCAGAGGCAGAGAGACCCUGGAGACACUGAAGGACCUGUGUCUGGACAGUAAGCGCAGUGAGAUCCUGCAGAGGCUGGAGCUCUCUCUGGACAUCCUUGGUGGAACGGUGGAACGAAUCUCCAACACGGCCGAGGUCCUCGGGGCCGUGCACCAGGAGGCUCGAGUGAGUCGGGCUGUGGAGCUCAUGGUGGCUCAUGUGGAGAAUCUGAGGAAGCGACAAGACAGAAACGCAGCCGAGCUGGAAGAGGCCAAGAAGAUGAUCCAGCAGCAAAACUCCAGCAGAAACAUCAUCGACCCCAGAGCCUCACCAGAUCCAGGGGACAGUGACAGCAGACGGAAAAGCUUUCAGCAGAACAACAGCCGUCGAAGGAUCAGUGUAUCAAUAAUUCCCAGUCAAACCCAGGAGAAGAAAAAGCGAGACUCGAAGAAGCGGUCGGCUCAUGGUGGCUCCUCCGGCAAGAAGUCCUUCCCCGCGUGUCCGUCUCCAUCCCUGAGCUCAGAGUCCAGCUGCUGUGCCAUCGCCAAGGACGACGGUUACUCAGUGGACGACAGGCCAAUUGAUCCAGAUGAAAAUCCACCACAAGCUUCGGCUGCUCAGCUUCCUCCAGACUCUCCGGACGCUCCUCCCACACCCAACAUAGAGCCCCCCACCUCAAAACAAGUGGUCACCAGGAAAACACAAAACAAAAACCCCCCUCUGGAUACUUUGCGACAGAGACACAAGGGCAAAGCUGUGUUGUCAAAGAAGAAGUUAGACAAGGAGAAAAAGAGAACCAAUAUCUUCCGACGGAUCUCUGCGGGCACGUGUAGAUCUUCGUGGAGACAACGUCCUCUGACUCACUGGCUGUAUCGCUGUCGCUGGGUCGUCCUCUGCUUGUACCUGUUUGUGCUUUUCUUUGUCAUCACGUUGACGUACAUUCUGUGGAAGCUUCACAAUGGAACAUUUGAGCCUUGAGCUGUUCUUCUGGAAACCAUUCGACUGGAGCCUAAAGAGUACGUGUGUAAUCCACCUGGCUGGAAAGCUCGUUGUGUGUAAAAAAUAAAACAUUUUGAUGUAA